AUGUGCAAGUGGCGCCAAGUUACGAACGUAUACAGCUGUGGACACCAAUAUAACAUGGCAGACCAGAUGGUAUGGACUCCGACUCCCCGGCUAAAACGCGAGGUUUAUCCCGUCGAUUAUAGAUCUAUUGCGAGGAUAGGUAUUGCAAAUUCAGCGCAGCACAUCCACAAAAUUGUGGACCGAACUGCUCCACUUCCUGCUGGCAAUAGUACGUUUUCGGAGUCGACCGUUGAAUUUGUCACUGACAAAGGGGUUGGCAUCGCUAGUCGGCAGUUCCCCGAGCAAUAUCAGCGUACUCUGGGCGAGAAAUGUCCAGGAUGCGUGGAGGCGGCGAGACGGUGA